AUGGCCAUGAUUGCGUACAAGUGCCCAGAUAUCGUGGUGGUUGUCCUGGACAUCAAUGAGGGCCGCAUCGCCGCCUGGAACUCGGACAAGCUCCCUAUCUACGAGCCAGGCCUCGAUGAGGUGGUCAAGGCUUGCCGCGGCCGCAACCUCUUCUUCUCCACCGACGUCAAGAAGCACGUUGCCGAGGCUGACAUUGUGUUUGUGAGCGUCAACACGCCCACCAAGACGCGCGGCGUGGGAGCAGGCAAGGCCGCCGACCUCACCUACUGGGAGGGAGCUGCGCGCAUGAUCGCCUCCGUGUCCACGUCCUCCAAGAUAAUCGUGGAGAAGUCCACGGUGCCCGUGAAGACAGCUGAGGCCAUCGAGAAGGUCCUGCGUCGCAACUGUGCCGACCCCGGGGUAGACUUCCAGAUCCUCUCCAACCCCGAGUUCCUGGCAGAGGGCACGGCGAUUGCCGACCUGACCAACCCCGACCGCGUGCUCAUCGGAGGCAAAGACAACCCCGCUGGGCAUGCGGCCAUCGAGCAGCUGGCAGCCGUGUACGCGCACUGGGUGCCCCAGGAGCGCAUCCUGCGCACCAACCUCUGGUCUGCGGAACUGUCCAAGCUGACCGCCAACGCCAUGCUCGCGCAGCGCAUCAGCUCCAUGAACUCCAUCUCCGCGCUGUGCGAGGCCACAGGGGCGGAUGUGCAGGAGGUUGGGCGCUCCAUCGGGACCGACUCACGCAUCGGCUCCAAGUUCCUGAACGCCUCCGUCGGCUUUGGCGGCUCCUGCUUCCAGAAGGACAUCCUCAACCUGGUGUACAUCUGCGAGACGGUGGGCCUGAAGGAGGUUGCCGAGUACUGGCACUCUGUCAUCACCAUGAACGACUACCAGAAACACCGCUUCGUGGAGCGCGUCAUCUCCUCCAUGUUCAACACCAUCUCCAAGAAGCGCAUCGCCAUUUACGGCUUUGCCUUCAAGAAGGACACCGGCGACACGCGCGAGACCCCCGCCAUCGACGUCUGCCGCGGCCUGAUGGCGGACGGAGCCCACUGCGUGAUCUACGACCCCCAGGUGGGGGCGGACCAGGUGCACCAGGACCUGGCCACGCCCAAGUUCGAGUGGGACCACCCCGCCCGUGCGGGCUCCGCCGUCAUCGGACGUGACGAGAUCAGCAUCGUGUCGGACCCCUACGAAGCCGCUCACGGUGCCCAUGGCAUCUGCCUGCUGACGGAGUGGGACAUGUUUGCCACACUAGACUACCAGAAGAUCUUUGAGAACAUGGUGAAGCCCGCUUUCAUCUUCGAUGGCCGCAACACCCUCAACCAUGCCGCCCUGCGUGAGAUUGGCUUCAUCGUCUACGCCCUCGGCAAGCCCCUGGACCCCUUCCUGCAGUGCGCAUACAACUAG